AUGUACCCGAGGUGCACACCUCCACAAAGUCCUUCCGAAGACGACGCAGAGGAAGGACUGGACAUUACUCCUCCCAAUCCCGACACGCCGUAUUACCAUCACCUCCAUGUUUUAGCAUCUACUCAGUCGGAGACAGAAGCAUGGGCAUCCUACACCCAGCUCUUGAGGCUUCCCACUCCCGAGAGCUUCCCGCCGGAUGUCCCAAUCACACUUCCGAACCUCCACCGACUCUGUCGUCUGCUGUCUCGCAGCAAACCAAAAAAUCGGACAGUCUUCUUACGAUUACUCUCUGUUAUGUACCUGAUAUAUCGGUCCGGGGGACAACUCCAAGUUUUUCAUUGGAACGCACUCAUAGAUUGCGCAGGAAAGGGAUUGCGGAAGCCAAGGAUGGAGGAUUUCAAGUUGGCUCUCGACGUUUUUACGGACAUGAUCACUGGGAAGCCCCCGGGCGCAACUUACUCUCCUAGCGAGUACCGUGUCAUGCCAGGUUUGGGUCAGCCUAUCCAGCCCGAUAUCGUCACAUACACCACCCUUCUUAAUAUCGCUGCGAAGACCUUACAGGGUCAUGCCCUGCGCCAAGCCACCUCGCUCUUACGAUCGUCCGGGCUUUCUCCAAAUCGAAUAACCCAUCUCUGCCUCAUGGCAUACUAUACUUCCACCAGGGAUCUAAAUGGCGUUCGAAGUACCCUGAUUCAGAUGCAUUCCAGAGGGCUUGAACUUGGCAUAGACGGUGUUAAUGCUUGUAUGUGGGCUUUUGCUCACAGACGUCUGGAUAUCGUCAGGGAUGUGUAUCGUGUUCUCCGACACUCGAUAUUUCCUGAGCCGAAUGUCGAGGAGAUCGUGUCUUUGAAACAAAAGCUGCAGGAGGAGGAAACAAUAAUCAUACCUGAGGGAAUGCGGCCGAACGAGAUAACUUUCACGUCGAUGAUUCAGUGCAUGUCUUAUAAUGGGGAUCUCGAUACCGCAUUAGAUGUUUUCUACGACAUGAUGACCACGGACAACGUCGAAGUGGGUGCAGCUCUUCAGCCCGAUGCAGAUGGGGUAUUAAAGCCGGCACCGUACAACGCCACACACGCUAUUUACCGUGCCCUUUUCCUUGGUUUCGCGCGACAUGGAGAUCACAUGGUAGACGGAUUAGCGUCUAGAUUGCAGCAAAAACGACCAUGGUCCCUCGACGCGCUGCAGAUGAUAUAUGACACCUUUAUCAUUAUGCCUGGUGAUGACGUCCCCACCAAGACUACCAUCUAUUGGCUUAUGGUCGCCUUCAACAAGGUUUCGGGUCAGGAUUUAGUGUGCAUGCGACAGGUCUGGACCGAGAUGGUGGAAAGGUUUCACGGACCGUGGGGAGGACCGGACAAUCGGUUGCAGCGAAUGCAUCGUUCUCUGGCUCUGCCAGAUGAGGAAGCGAAGAGAUACCUUCAAGAGCUGGAACACUAUAGCGAUAACAGCGGGGGUUGGCGGGAAAGUGACUGGCUAUAG